AGGGGGUGCGGAUAAAAGGAGUGCGGAGGGCACCAGGCAGCCACAGCCCUCCGGAGCCUCAAAUCUGCGCGCCCUCCCGGUCGCUGAGAGCCCGCACCUCCCCGGCCGCGAUGCAAGUCCUGCACAGCGGCGUCGCCCGCGUCCGAGGCCCCUCGGGCUCGCUCUGCGCGCUGACCGCGCUGCUGCUGCUGCUGACACCGCCCAGGCCCCUCGCCAGCGCUGGUCCUGUCGCCGCUGUGGUGCAAGAGCUGCGCUGCAUGUGCUUAAACCCCUCUCUGGGGAGAGUUCACCCCAAAAACAUCAUCGGCGUGCAGGUGAUCGCCGCAGGGCCGCAGUGUCCCAAGGUGGAAGUGAUAGCCACCCUGAAGAACGGGAAGGAACUCUGUCUGGACCCAGAAGCCCCGUUGAUCCAGAAAUUCAUCCAGAUGUAUUUGAACAGCAGUGGAAAGAAGAAAAACUGAUUAACAGAAAGAACUGCGCGCUGGAAAUCCUGCCUGGGCUUCAGCAGAGCAGAUUCCGGGUCUCCGGACCCAGAGAAAACCGGAAGCGGGGCUGACUUUCCCAGCAGUCGGCUCUCUCCCCUUACCCCGCUUUGAAGAGGGCAGGGAAAGCCAGUUGGUCCCUGAAACUUUCAGCACAGCUCAUACAGUAUUUAGCAUCGUAUUUCCUGUAAUUUCUUGUUAUUUUAUUUGCUAUGUUAAUAGAAUACGUGAUAAUUAAUUACAUUGUGAGUCAAGAAUCGCUGGGUGUUAGACCUCAAAGUGUCUUGAACAGAGGGUUGUAUUUCUAGAAUUUUUUUUUAUAGUGUAGCUGAAAAGGCUGCAGAUUUCAUGUGGGAUUGAUGUUUCACUAAGGUCCUGUUGAGGGGCACACCCUGUCCCCCUCACCCCCCCAUAGUUUAGAGUAGUUUCUUGGGAAAUAUGAGAGAGAAUUCCCUCAGUGCCCAGCCGGGAGGCUCUUGCGGUUGCGUUGCCUUAGGCAGCUGGGCAUAUCAUACCACUGUUUGUGUAGAAUAUAGUUCCUUAUUCAGAAUUUCUAAACAUUUAAGUUCUAUAAGGACUAAUAUAUUCUCUUCAUAUAAUUUUAGACAUUUAAUGUCUUUUUCGUAUGGCAUAAUGUCAUAAUUACUCAUUAAACUGCUAUCAUCUGCUGUUUAUUAUGUUACCAGAAAUGCUAUAAUUCUGGCCACCGAUUAUAUGUUUUGAAUAGAUGAAGAACAUAGAAAACAGGUAAAUUCAUGACUUCUACGUUUUAUAGAAAUGCAUUCUUUUAGUCUUUGUAAAAUAAAACAAACUUAAUAUUGAUCUACUAAAAAAGUUUUAAAAACGUAUUCUACUUGCGUAAAAAUUCAUUAUUUAGUCUUCAAAAAAUAGUGUAUCCUUUAAAGGUUUUGGCAAUUCUGUUAGAAGGAAUUACAUCUGCAUCAUGUCUACUAUAUAACAAUUGCAGUUUUUACUGUGUCUCAUCAAUUGGUAAUAUUUUGUUCUUUGGAAAAAAAUAAAAGAUUUCUAAACUUA